AUGGAGAGGAAGAUGCCUGCCAAAACGACCUCCACAAAACGCAAGUCCGGCAGAGGGACCAAGAAGAAUCCAUGGGCCGACGAAGACCUAGUGAUGACAAGCGAGAAAUCGCCGCUUGUCGACGUUGAUCUAGCGAAACUGCUGGCCAAACCCGAAGCAUGGGCGUGCCUAGACGAAGGAGAGAAGAAAGAGAUCCUUGCUUUACUUCCCGAAAGCGUACACCCAAAUGCAGAGCCGUCUGCUGAGAAUCCAGAUGGAAUCAUUCCGCCUCUCUCCGAAGAGUUUCUGCGCUACUCAAAUGUCUGGCGUGAUACAACCCGUCAGUUCCAAGUUGAUCUUCAAAACGGAAAAUAUAACCCUCAAUGGCAGAAACAGGCACAUAAAGCAAUGAAAGAAAGGGCCGAGGGGAAAUUUGAUGCACGAAAAGAACGAGAUUUUGAGGCCUUCUGGGGCCAGAAACAGCGCUACCACACCAAUGCGCCAGCUGGUGAAAGCGCCACGGUUGACUUCAAAACGUUGGUCACAAACGGCGUGUUUGAAGUGGGAGACAUUUGGAAGUACUCUCGCUCCCAGGGGAAGGGGGCGGAUAAAUUUUUAGUUGAGAAGGAGGUUGCUGUCAUGAGUUUGGAUGGAGAGACACUUACGUUUGCCAUUCCUCCUGGUAGGCGCGUGUUUCUACCUUCAUCGUCUAAAAAUCAGCCAGCGACAUUGCCCACACCAGAGCAUAUACCAGAUUGUCCUGUUGAGCCUGAACCUAGGCCAAAAUCUAGUCCCGAGUGUGAGCCUACGAUCAAAACUGAAUGCAAAGUCGGCUCCCAGGUGAUUCCAGACACAGGCAUGCCAGGAGCUGAUUCAAGUAAGCCUCAUGUUUGUGAUGAGGACCGAAGUAUUGCCCAGGAAUACAUAGCGAGCAACAGCCGGAAUGUCCUUACAGAGAACCUCGAAGCGGAAUCUAAUCAACCACCAGCAGAUGAAAGUUGUAUUACAAACAAAGCAACUGUUGAGCUCGCUAUACCCAAAGAUCCUUCAAGCCUCAGUACAGCUAUGGAUGUUCACCCAUCUGACAACGUUCCUCCUAGUACUGAAUCACAAGCAUCCAAAGUGCUCAGUUACAUUAACCAGAAGUCUUUUGUUGAACAGUCUUUUAUUGAUCAACUUCUGGAUGAUGGUGAUGACCACAGCAUUGUGUCUGACCCACCGGACAUCAUAGAUGAAAUAGAUGAUGUGGAUUUUCACAGGUCUUUACAAGAGUUAGGGCCUUCACCCCCCGCUAAUAUUCCAUAUACACCAAUCCCUCUACAAGUACACUCUUCUGCCUCUAGAAAAGGUACGUCACCUGCUGAGCCUGAAGUAGCUGUGAAGGAGCUAGAAGCCGGAAAUCCAGAUGCUCCAAAUCGCACACAGCCUGGGCGAUCUAGCAUAUUCGUACCAAAAAUUCCUAGCCUUAAAGCCCCUAUACUAGCGGAAACAGCAACAGCAGCAACCGAAACUGAGUUGCAAGUUCCUGAUGUAUCUGGUCAAACAGAUACGAAUCAGUCUCAUGGUCGAGUAUUUGUACAAUCCGAAGCUGGUACAGACUCUGACGCUCAAACGAAAACAGAAACACCAAACAAUUGGCCAGAAACAUCAAGUCAGCUCGGUGCUGGCUCGCCUGGUACCCUCAACAUGAAGCCCAAAGAGCCAUCCGAAACUCUUAACAAAAUGAAUCCUUCUCCGAUGGGUAAAGAGGAAGGUUUUCUUGGAAGCCCCAAUAGCGGUGAACCAGUGAUAUUUUCCGGUGUCACCGGACCUAUGUUUUUGAUUAGAAAGAUUCAUGAACUUGAUGGCCGAGAAUGUUCAGCCCGAAUCGCAAAUGCAUGGAUGGUUUUCCGCUGCAUUAGAAACAACCAGGAUAUGGGAACCCUUUGGGAUAUCCGUCACAGCUGGUAUCUCCGAUCAAAACGUUGA